UGGUGUCUGAUGUUCUGAGGAACCCGGACUGUAAAAUACAGAGACUGGAGCUGCAACGUGUCGGUCUCACAGAUUCUGGAGCUGAGGAUCUUGUAUCCGCUCUCAGUACAACCCAUACGGUGACGGUGCUGCACCUGAGUGGGAAUAAACUGGGAGAUUCCGGAGUGAAACUGGUGUCUGAUGCUCUGAGGAACCCGCACUGUAAAAUGCAGAUACUGUGGCUGAACGGUGUCGGUCUCACAGAUUCUGGAGCCGAGGAUCUUGUCCCUGCUCUCAGUACAAACCAUACGGUGACGGAGCUGAGCCUGAGUGGGAAUAACCUGGGAGAUUCUGGAGUGAAACUGGUGUCUGAUGCUCUGAGGAACCCGGACUGUAAAAUACUGACACUGUGGCUGGAAAGUGUCGGUCUCACAGAUUCUGGAGCUAAGGAUCUCGCCUCUGCUCUCAUUACAAACCAUACGGUGACGGAGCUGUACCUGAGUGAGAAUAAACUGGGAGACCCCGGAGUGAAACUGGUGUCUGAUGCUCUGAGGAACCCGGACUGUAAAAUACAGACACUGUGGCUGGACAGUGUCGGUCUCACAGAUUCUGGAGCCAAGGAUCUCGUCUCCGCUCUCAGUACAAACACCUCACUGACGGAGCUGUACCUGACAGAGAACUCCCUCACAGACCGAUGUGUCCCCGCUCUCCGCCACCUCAUACUGACCCUCCCGAGUCUGGAGCGGAUCAAGCUGGGGCGGAAUAAGUUCAGUGCAGACGGACAGAACCAGCUGCAGAGUCUGCGGGGAACCAGACGCGGACUGAGUGUGGACGUUGAACAUGACUGGGAGUAAACGUCACCGCCCUGGGGACUGGAAUAUUGUUGGCCGAUUCCCUGCCCCUCCCCUUUAAACGGCCGCCCAUCCUCCCCUUUAAACCCCGACGCUUCCCGGGCUGGCCGGGCGGUGACGUCAGAGGCGACCCUGCCUGCUGUCACGUGACCCGGGUACGUGGCGCUGCUGAUGCUACCAGGCCGGUGCUGCUCCCAGUGGGGGACGGGGGCAUUGCAGCCGGACCUGGAGGAUCCCAGAUGUGACUUUAUCAUCAGUGGCCCCCGCUCCUGCUGUGGAUUAAUGGUGACAGCAGCAACAGCAGUAGCAGCAGCAGCAGCAGCAGCAGCAACAGCAACAGCAGCAACAGCAACAGCUGCUUGAUGCUACCUACCUACCUACCUACCGGCGCAGACGCUGCCGUGGCUGCCUGCCUGCAUGCCACGUUGUACUGCUCCUUGCUGCUGUUCAUGUUGUCACUUGCGGGCGGAGCACCAAGGCAAAUUCCUUGUAUGUGAAUACUUGGUCAAUAAACUUAUUAAUUCAUUCAUUCAUUGUUCAAACUGUUCCUUCACACAGCAAUGUCUGUUACUGCUUUACCGUCUGUAAAUGAAACGUAAAUGGUUUAUUAUAGUUUAAUACUUGUAAAGUU